UUACUACUACACGUUGUAGGAAUUCGCACAUUUCACAUCUAAAAUUCGUCCUCUAUUGAUAACCUUGUUCUAAUCGUGACACAUUCCUCGAAUUUUAGUCUCUGGAUCUUUUGUCUUCCCCCAUUUGAAGGUGUGGACGUGGACAACAGAUUUUUGGUAUUCUGUGGAUUGAUUUGCACAGAUUCAGUCAUGGGGAUUGCCGACUAUGCUUCGGCGUCGUGGGAGGCUAUGAAAGAGCUGAAACAUCCCUACUAUCUAGUCAACAUUCUCUUAAGCUUAUCCUAUCCAAUUUGUAAACUUAUCCCCCCAGUUUGCACCUUUGUUUUCGAAGGAGAAUGUCAAUUUGAAGGGAGAGAGACAGAAAUCCUUUUCUUCAUGCUGCUCAUUGUGAUGGCGAGGGCGAGAAAAACGGGAUCCAUGACCAUGGUGGCCUACUUAACAAAUUCAUUCAUGUACUGCAAAGUUGCAAAUGCUGCACUCUGGUUCUUUGCGUACAAACCCUAUGGAUUGUUCUUCAUUGUUCUCUUCUUGCUUCAGGGACUUGUACUUCCCCAACCAACAUAUAAAGGGCCUCAAAAAAUCACAUACUUUAGAGAUGGAAAGACUUUCAAAGACGAAAUCACACGGGACAAGAAGAUGACUUGGUUGAUUGAAUUUUAUACAGCGUGGAAUCCUUCAUGUGUCAAUUUUGCACCUUUGUUUGCCGAACUGUCAAACAAAUAUGCGCUGGAAAAUUUCAAGUUUGGGAAGAUUGACUUGGGACGCUACCCAGAAAUUGGAACCGAGUUUGGAAUUUCUGAUUCAGCUUUCUCCAAACAACUGCCCACCCUGAUUCUGUUUCAAGAGGGAAAGUCGUCUUUAUACAGGCCAUUUGUCGAUUCAGCUGGGAAACUGAUCAAGUUCCAUUUUAACAAAGAUAAUAUUAUCAAUGUUUUCGAUCUCAAUAAUGUGCACACAGAGUGCAAGAAAGUAACUGAAGAUAAGGCAAAGAACAAAAAAGUUGGUGGGAAUACAAAUUCUCACAUAAAAGAGGAUUAAAUUAAUCUAAAAAUUGUAUCAUCAAGAGUUUAUAUGAGUACUAAAUAAUUGUCAAAAUAUACCUAUGCAUUUAGUUUCGUAAUAGAAGAGUGUGUAGCAUUAGUCACCUCAGCUAAUUAACAUUAACGAAAUUUAGCCUUAUCGAAACGAAUGUCUCGCAAGCGUCGUCCUUAUUUAAAGUUUAAUCUAUAAUUUUCCAUAUUUCCAAAGAAUACAUGUGUAGUUCCCUUUAGUUUGUCAUUUUAGUUCGUGUUUGAAAUGUUUUGUAAAAAUUAUGAGGAAAUAAUUAAGUUAUGCAAUAAAUCCAUGUUCAUUGUUAUGUAUGGUUUUUACUUACUGUACUCAUUAGAAUAAACAGUGUUGAAACGAGA